AAUACCUCCAAUUCUUCAAAUUCAAAUAUCUAAUUACUUCGUCUCCGGCGACGAUGAUGAUGACGAGGCUGCCUUGAAACAAUAGACUUCACCAUGAACGCGAGAGCUCUCACUUUAGCUCCUUACGUUCGCCUCCCCAACUCAUUUCCACCUCAUAUCAGCCUACUAAUUCCCGGCUUGAACCGCCGGGAGUCUUUGAACUUUCGGAUUCGAAUUCGGCUUCAUGUUCGGAGUAGUUCAAGGAGUAGUAGAUGUGGGAGACUAUAUGCAGAUGUUAAGUCGGAGCGUUGCGAAAUAUCAUCGGAAUCUUCUGUGGCUAAAGCUGUGAAGGCUGAGGAUGCUAUAAACGACGUCGUAUCGGAUGGAAGUGAUGUUCCUUGGUGGGAAGAGUUCCCUAAACGCUGGGUCAUUGUGCUGCUGUGUUUCUCUGCGUUUCUUCUUUGCAAUAUGGAUAGAGUAAACAUGAGUAUUGCCAUACUACCCAUGUCUGCAGAGUACAAUUGGAGCCCAGCCACCGUCGGUUUGAUUCAAUCUUCUUUUUUCUGGGGCUACCUCCUCACUCAGAUUGCUGGUGGGAUAUGGGCAGACAAAGUGGGAGGAAAGCUAGUUUUGGGAUUUGGAGUGGUUUGGUGGUCCAUUGCAACAAUUCUUACCCCAGUUGCUGCUAAAGUUGGGCUGCCUUUCUUGCUCUUCGUUCGCGCUUUUAUGGGGAUUGGUGAGGGUGUUGCUAUGCCUGCCAUGAAUAACAUUCUGUCGAAAUGGGUUCCUGUAUCUGAGAGAAGUAGAUCAUUGGCACUGGUGUAUAGUGGCAUGUACCUUGGAUCAGUCACUGGUCUUGCUUUCUCACCGUUUUUAAUACAUGAAUAUGGUUGGCCAUCAGUCUUUUACUCCUUUGGUUCUCUCGGCACUGUUUGGAUUGUUGUAUGGCUAAAUAAGGCAAAGAGUUCGCCUCUUGACGAUCCUCAGCUGCGGCCAGCAGAAAAACAGCUGAUUGUUGCAAACAGUGCUUGCAAGGAACCAGUUAAAGUGAUACCUUGGGGACUAAUCUUGUCAAAACCUCCUGUCUGGGCUCUAAUAGUGUGUCACUUCUGUCACAACUGGGGUACAUUUAUUCUUCUAACAUGGAUGCCAACAUAUUAUCACCAAGUCCUGAAGUUCAAUCUUACAGAAUCUGGACUUUUAUGUGUUCUGCCCUGGCUUACAAUGGCAUUUUCUGCAAAUCUUGGAGGGUGGAUAGCUGAUACACUAGUGAGCAGAGGGUUAUCUGUGACAACAGUGCGCAAGAUCAUGCAAUCAAUUGGAUUUCUUGGCCCUGCUUUUUUCCUAACUCAGUUGAGCCAUGUUCAUUCUCCUGCAAUGGCUGUAUUAUGCAUGGCAUGUAGCCAGGGAACUGAUGCAUUUUCCCAGUCUGGUCUAUAUUCAAAUCACCAAGAUAUUGCUCCCAGAUAUUCUGGAGUGUUGCUUGGUCUGUCCAAUACUGCUGGAGUGCUAGCUGGGGUGUUUGGAACUGCAGCUACUGGUUACAUCUUGCAACAUGGUUCCUGGGAUGAUGUAUUCAAGGUUUCAGUUGGGCUAUACUUGGUUGGAACUGUUAUCUGGAACCUGUUUUCAACUGGUGAGAAAAUAGUGGAUUAACUCUGUUUCGAGUUGAUCUUCCGUAUUCAUACACAACCCGACACAGUAAUUCCUGGAAUUGCUGAUUACAGAAUAUAAUUACAGGGUAAAGUAAGAGCCAUUGUUCAUAAUUUUUGAGCUUCAAAGAUUUGGCAAAUUUUCUGCAAUGCCAUUAUUGAGCUCUAAUGUUGAACAUGCAUGUAGUAGUUCAAGCCUCUAGGUACGAUAGGCAAGUUACAUUUCAUAAAAUUGCUGCAUACAUUUCAUUUCAAUCUAGCAAAAAUACAUUUGUAAAGUAUCUCUCCACUUCUUGUAAAUCUUGUAAUCAAUACUAACUACUUUUGUAUCAAUUUACCCUGAACUUGCAUGGGAAAUUAAUACCAUAAUUUAUUUUUUAUUAA